UUGCGCGAAUUUGGAAGAUCUGUCGAAAGAAGAACUCGGUUCUUAAAGAAGACUGAAAGAAGCUCAAGGUCCAUUUGAUGUGAUAAGAAGUGUUAUGUCAAGUCUGUGAUAAAGAGCCGUAAUCGGUGAUCACACAGAGUUUCAUUUUCACCAGGAAUGGAUGAAUCUCACCAAGAUCUAUCAAAUUCCGAGGUGCCAGAUGAGGGUGGUCCAUCUUCCCAACAUGUAGGCACAGAGACAAAUCAGAAAAACACUGCGCUUGACAAGAGAAAAGCAAGGCUGAAAAGGAAGGCUACUUCACUCAAAGAUGAGAAGAGGAAAAAGAAGAAGAAGAAGAUCCAACGAGUUCAGAGACCUAAUUACACUGUACAGCAUGGUGAGGAUAUGCUUCUGAUUAUAUCAAACGUUAGCCAGUUUGAUAGUGUUUGGAAACCUAAGCGAAAAGGUUGCAAGAAGAGAAAGGCCAAAACAAAGACCACGUCCGUGAGGAGGAAAAAAGAACCUACAAAAUCCAAAGUUGCUAAAGUCACUAAAGAGGUUUUAGGCAAUGAUGCCGAUUUGGAGGAAUCAGACACUGCUUUGAGCUUUGACUGGGGUCAGAGAAUGCCAGUGGAAGUGUUAGUUAAGAUUUUUGAACUGGUAGUGCUUCAAGAUGGUGCCAUACCAUUCCUCUGCAGGGUUGGUCGAGUUUGUCGACUGUGGAAUACCGCUGCUUCUUCACCAGCUCUUUGGCGCAGUGUGUCCAUUGGCUACUGCUGGAUUGAACCUGGUAAGAGUCAGUUACCUGGAACUGCACAGAAGAUUAAGAACACUGUAGACUGGCUAACACAGAACAGGUUCUCACUACUGAGGAAUUUCAAGCUUUGUCACUGGAAAAAGCAUGUUGACUACGUUGUUCAGGCGAUAGCAAAUGCCUGCUCAAAUCUCCAAUCCCUAGAGUUGUCAUACUGCAUGGGUGUGACAAAAGAGGCCUUUCAAAAUCUUGGAGUUGCUUGUCAGUCUCUUGAGAACAUAAAUGUGCAGCAUACAGAGUUUCAGGAUGAUGGUCUGCUAUCUUUUCUCGAGGUCUCUGGGAGUCAACUAAGAAAGAUUUCCUUUACACGCAGCUCAAAAAGUGACAAACUUCUCAAUGCUUUGUGUAGAGGUUGCUGUCCCGAUCUCAGGUUUUUGGAGAUCAAUACUAAGUUAGACAGUGGAUAUUGCCCCCUUCCUAUCUGUAUACAAGCUUUACAACUUGGAUGUCCCAAGCUACAGACUUUUAGGUUGAUGAAUAUUAACCCUGUUCCCAAAAUGAUACGGAAUACACCCAGUUCCACGCCUGGCUUCCCAAUUCUGGAGGAGUUGUGUAUAGCGUCUUCAUCUCAUUCGUUUAUGAAUGACCAGGACCUGCUCAAUAUUCUGCAUGGUUCCCCCCACCUGCGGGUACUGGACCUGCGGGGAUGCUCUCGCAUCACAGCUGCUGGUCUAUAUGCUCUGCCUUGUGAAGGUCUGGAGUGUUUAUACUGGGGGCUAUAUUUCAAUAGCAAUGCCAUGGUGGCAUCAAACAAAGGCAUCCACAUGCUGACACAGAAAUGGAGCCAUAGCCUUCGGGAGCUGGAUCUCACCAACCAGCCUUUCUCAGAGGAGGACAUGGAGAUUGCAAUGGGGAAUCUUGCUCAUGGGACUGGAGCGGAUUUGUUUCAUUCUCUGAAUCUCAGUGGGACCAAGAUCACAUCAGAUGCAGUCAGGUUACUAGUGGGUCAGUCAACAACUCUUAACUACUUGAAUCUGUCAUCUUGCCGUUACCUUCCAAGAGGACUCAAACGAGUUUAUCGUGGACAAGAAGACAUACAACAGCUUCUGGACAAGUUAAAUUAAAAGUUAGUUAAGUAACGUUAGUUUUGUUUAUUCAUGUAUUUGUAUUAUGUAUUUGUAUUACAAUGUGUAUUCAAAAGAGGCUACAUAUAACAGCUUAAGUUUGUAAAUAAAUUAUGAUUGAUCAAGAUGGUCUCUAACCUGCUCUCUGUCUAAUAUCCAAAAAUGAAUAGAUGAGAAUAUAUACAAAGCUUCAUUUGGAUAUUGAAACAGCAAUGAUAAAGUAUAUGUCAAAAUAUCAUGUAAUGGAAAUCAAAAUACAUUUAACAACUGGGUUAAAAUGGAAGGUUUAUUAGUGUAUUAAAUGAAAGCAUUGCAUUAAAAUAGAUUCCACUCUGUAGUAUUCAGUUUUGAAGAAAUUCCUUUGCAUUCAUUCCUUAAAAUGUCUUGCACUUAUAAUUACAUAAACCUCUGCAAAUGCCGUAUUUUAUAAGGAAUUAUAAAGUUUGCAAUAAAAAAGGAAACACCGACUUUA